AAUGUUGCACAACAGUAGUGCAAAGAAGAAGUGGAGAGUGCGAGAAGUGCAGGGAUAAAUAUAUAGCAUAUAUAGCAUAGGAGAAGGCCCUGGCAGUGAUGGCUGGCAGUGCCAGUAGACCUGCUGAUGAAGACCACAGAGAGGGAGAGGGAGUGUAAGUCUAAAUGUGUUAGUGUAAACGUUAUCUCUUUAUCUAAAUGAGAUAAAUGUUAAUAAUAAGAUUUUAAAGUUUAUCCGUUGGGCCACAGGGAGCCAGUGUAAUUGAAUCAGCAGGGGUGUGACAUGUUCGGUGGACUUUCAACAUGUUAUAAUCCGUGCUACAAAGUCAGCGCAGUGGUCAGUGUGUGACGUGACCUAAGCAGUGGCAUAAGACGUCCGCGGAGUUUUGUGUUCAAGCAGGGCGUUGUCUGGAGAUAUUUUGCAAAUGCAAAAAGGCAAUCUGGGAGACACUGUUUGUAUGACUGGAGAAAGAAAGGGGACUGUCCAGCAUGACACCAAGGCUCUUAAUCUGAGUGGGGCAGGGUAUGGCGCCCGUCUAUGGAGAGGGUGAAAGUGUUCAUCUUCACAAGGGCUGAUUUAUAUGUCUGGUCAAGGAAGGUAGUUUAUUCUUUCAUAAUGCCAGUCUUGCUCAUGUGCCAGUCUUUAACCUUCCUUUAAGGAAAUGGUGAUGCAAAUCUAAAUGAUGUAAUAACAAACGGAAACUAGAACAUUGCAGUGUCACACUGAAAAACUCUCUUGUAAAGAAAAUGAAUGAGGACGCAUAAGAGGAACCAUCUCUUGGUUAUUGGUACCUUUUUGCGUCUCUUUUAGCUUUUUCAAUCAUAUAUAAUACAAAUAUGCAUCUCUAAAUAUAUGAUUUAGUCAUAUUAUUGAUGAAAACUAUUCUCUUUUGUGCAAGUUUAGCUUCCUGGCGUUGCAUGUAGGCCCCCAAUAAAAAGGUCACAACUUUGUGUCUUUGAUGAAAGAUUAAGAGCUUGCUAUGACACUCACAUCCUGCCCCGAGCAGCGGAAGUGUGUCGCUCCUCCGCCUCAAGUUUUGACACCUCCUCGGACACAGGCAGAAACGAGAAACAAGUUUCAUGAAAUAAACUAAACGAAACGAAAAACAUGCUACAUAGAAAUGCGUCAAAUGCCUCUGACAAACCAAGGAAUAAACCAAAGGUAAGGGGACAUUUGUGUGAAAUGAUUAAUUCAGUUUUUAUAUUUAUUGACGCUAGAAAAAGACAAAUAGAGGAAAAAGGUCAAAGUAAACCAGAGUAGCGGUUGGUCAAGAGACAGAUAUUUAAAUUAUUGCAUUACAAAUAGGUUGACCUCUCGCUAAAUGAUCAGCAUGAUUUAAAUUAUUAUUAAUAUGAUCAAAAUAUGUUCUCUGAGAAGUGGCAUGAAUGUUGGAUUUGCAAAUUUUACUAUUGAAAAAACCUGGCUGGGACUACCUGCAACCUCAGCAAACUGUAUAGUACUGUGCGAUCCAGUCUAUGCAUAUUUUAACACAGGGGUUUUACCUCGUAUAAGUUACCUGAAACAACUUGCCAUUUCUGUGAAGUGCAAAUGUGCUUGUCUUUGUCUGUUUUUGUUUGCACAGAGAUCGUCCAGCUUUGGUAAAUUUGAGACGUUCAGACAUGCUCGACAAGCCAAACCUGAGGAGAACGGAGCUGCUGUGUCCUCAGCAGAGGCACCAGAGACCCCUGAAGCAGACCAGAUGAGACAGGGGACCAUCAGCAGGAAGAUGAAAGCCAUCUCUAUGACCAUGCGCAAACGAAUGGGGAGAAAGUACAUCAAAGCCCUGUCGGAGGAAGGGGGAGAGGACACAGAGGGAGACCAUGAGACAGAAGGAGACGCAGACGCAAGCAACACUUUGGCCAGAGCUUGCAGGAGGUCCAGCAACUCACUGGAGAGUCUCUACAGCCUCAACAGUGGACAGAGUUCAUCCAGCGGCAUCACCAGCGGCUCUGAAGGCUCCAGCAACAGAGACAGCCUCAGGCUGGAGGAAGAGGUGCCCUUCACAGGGCAGUUCUGUGGCAGAGCCCGAGUGCACACAGACUUUGUCCCCAGUCCGUACGACACAGAGUCCCUCAGACUCAAGGUGGGGGAUGUGAUUAAUAUCGUCAGUAAACCGCCCAUGGGGAUAUGGACAGGCAUGCUAAACCACAGAGUGGGCAACUUUAAGUUCAUAUAUGUGGACGUGCUGGUGGAGAAGGCCCCGGAGCCCCGGCGGAGAGUGAACCCCCAGGGGAGAUGCAAGAGGCCGCGGCCCAACACCUUACUGGAGCUUCUGGCUUGCCUCAACCUGGAGGAACACGCCUCGUCUCUGAUGCUCAACGGAUACCAGACAGUGGAGGACCUGAAAGAACUGAAGGAGAAGCACCUCAUUGAGCUGAACAUAACCGACCCUGAGCACAGACACAGGCUACUCGCCGCCUCCGAGUGCAUCCACGACACAGACCAUGGCGAGGCGAACGAGGAGUCCACGUCUCCAUCAGAGGCCCUGAAGGCUGAGCUGAAGGACUGCCCGCGCGACUCUGGGUGCUACAUCCCCUCAGACGUCUCAGACAACAGCAAAGACGACACGGACAACCUGUUAGCACUCAGCUCCUCACCAGCGGAGGCCUGAUGAUGCCCCCUCCCCCCACACACACACACACAAACAUACACACACAUACACACACACACACACACACACACACAAACA